AAGAGGCGUUGUCCAUGCCGGAAGUGCAGGUGCAGUCGUAAAUAACCAUUUCUUGCUCUCCGCAAAUUUGUUGGAAGGAAAGGAGCUCACCUUGUGAAUGCUCAGGAAACAGGUGGAAACACGAUGUCCCUUAACCAUAAUCAUUCAGAAUCCGGAGGUGUCAUCAUCAACAACAGUGAGAGUGUCUUGAUGUCCUAUGAAAAUGUGGAGCUGGCAUUCAGUGAUGCAGACCACUUACCGGAGGCUUUUAGGAAGACCAGAAAGGGGAGCAUCUAUCUUACGCCAUACAGGCUUAUCUUCGUGGCAAAGGGGAAGGAUGUUCUGCAGUCCUUUAUGAUUGCCAUUCUACUUGAUGAAGGGUGUGAGGUCAAACAACCUGUCCUUGGAGCCAACUACAUAAAGGGCACAGUGACUGCUGAGCCAGGGGGUGGUUGGGAGGGGUCUGCAACCUUCAAGAUGCUCUUCAUCUCUGGUGGAGCAAUUGAGUUUGGACAGUACAUGCUACAGGUGGCAGCCCAGGCCUCCAGAGGCCAGCCUGUGACCGGUGAUUUUGGGUGUCCGUACAUGGCUAAUGGAGCAUAUGUGUACCCUUCCCCACCUCCAGCUAAUGGCAUCUACACCACUGGACCCCCUCCUCCUGGAUACUCCUUUCCUGGACCCCCUGCUCCAGGUGUGUUCUACCCCAAUCCACCCGGUGCUGCAGCAUACAUGCCCCCUCCACCCUAUUCUGCCUCUGUGGCCCAAGCUCCGCUUGAUCCAGACCUUCCCCGGACACCUGCAGCGGAGGCGAAGGCUGCAGAAGCAGCAGCCAGUGCCAGCACUUCCUCUUUCCCACCGACUCGCGUUUACCUGCCAGAAGACAAGCCCCCACCUUACUCACCACCGGAAGACAAAAAGCAGCAGUAAAGGUCUGAGGACAGCAGUUCCACAGCCAGACCCCAAGUCUUCUCUCUCUUGCCUGUGUUCCCAACAGCAGCAUUUCAUUUCAUUUCAUUAGUCCGACUAACCGUGUCCUCCUGUAAGGCUGCAUGCAGUAGUGAAAGUCUCCAGCAAGUAGCAGUAAAUGCUGUACCCUGGCAGAAUUGGGGAAGGAGAGGAUAAAUGGCACAACUGUUUUUGAUUUCAUACUGAAUGAGAAGUAAAAUAUUAGCUAGGGUUGUUAGCAAAAGGAGUUUAGAAUUUGUUAAUAUUUUCUGUACUUGUAAAGAUGUAACUACAUAGAAAUAGCUACAUACAAAUUGCUGUAUAGAAGCAAUUGACUUAUGUAAAUUGCAAUGUUCAUUUAUUUAAUGCAAAUGGGCUAGUUUGAGCUGGUGUGUGCUGUGCUAAAUAGAAAGGACCAUGAUUAUCUGAGAGAAUGGGAACGGUGAGCUUGGAUAUGCAGUAUAACACUAUUACUGUGUAUUCGCGUAUUAGCUCAGUCAUUUCAUUGUCAUACUUGGAGUCGUCCUCAUUAUUCCCGUUUCCGGAACAUGUUGUAACUUCAAGGUACCUUGACCAAAGCACCACAUACUGUGCACAUCACCUGUGGAUCUGCUUUCCCUCGUGAUCUGUGGUCCCGCUGCACUUGUGACUACUGCCGUUCUCUCUCGAAGCAUCUCUCUAGCCCUGGAGCAUGGCGCAAACUAACAUAGCACUUUAACUCUCGUCAUGCCAGUACAAUCCCCCAGCACCACCCUUUUGGCUGCAAGUACUAUUUAUUAUUGAGCAUAGUAAUUAAUUAACUACUAAUUAUUUAAUUACAAGUAAUUAUAAGUAAUUAAUUACUUAAUUUAUAUGACUGAAGAAAUGUAAAACCAUUUCAGAAGCAUGGUCUCAGCUGCAAUGUCCAACAUGUAAUGUAUUUUAUUAAAGAUGUACUAGUUGAAAGUUGAAA